UUUUAUACUGAUAAGUGGUUAAAGCUCAUCCACCAAAUCGUUAGGCUAGCACUGUGUAAGUUAGCCACUGCAGUGUGUACGUUAGCCACUGCGUCGGUUAGCUACACCAUUGCGUAUGUUAGCCACUGCGUCGGCUAGCUACACCAUUGUGUAGGUUAGCCACAAGAGCACUGCCAAUACACUUCAAAUACGAGCUACAGCAAAAUCAGUUGUCACAUUUGGAUUUGAUGUUCACUUGUCUUAUUAGAGUGCUGUCAAAAUGGCUGUUCCCUGUGUUGUUGAUGCUAAAUAUGUUGAGAUUCAAAAUGUUAAAGUGUUUAAGCAUUUUGCUAUUAUUUGUCCUGAGAAAGGCAAGAGUAUGUUCGCGACAGUUUUCCAUCCAUCUAAGAAAUACAUUGUUGAAGAAUAUGGAUUACGUAAUGUGAACAAGGGUGUUAUAUUUGGCAUGCAAUUGUCAGAAAAUAUCCGCAGCCUGCGUAAUACGAUCGAUACCUGGUACUCUGUUAUGUUUGACGAUUUCGGUGACGAACACGAUUGUGGCCUUCCUCAUUGUAAGGGCGAGCGUCAGUACGAUGUGCAGUUUUAUGCAAAGGGUGCAGACAAGUGUGCCGUCCUAGCCAGCAUUCUGAAGCCAGCGACCGUUCUCAACCUGGACGAUUUGAAGUGUCCAUCGUUUUGCCAGCUGUCCAGUGAACGUCCAGACAAGUGGAAUAAGCCUGUUGCGUACGCCAGAUGGUUGGAGGGGUACCUGAACCAGAAGACCUGCACGACCUGCAUGAGAGAGCGACCGGAUACCAAGAAAGAGCUGACCCAAGAUGAAUGCGAAUGCGGAACCGUCCACUGGAUCGACUGUCAAGGUGACCAAUGUUGUGGCGACUGCGGAGCUAAACUGCAUCUUGGACCUCGCUCAGUUGGAGAAGACACUGUCGAUGGCCCAGUACCUACCGCAUAGAUUUUCCGGUUUACUCCUCCGGACACUGCAUCCCAUUAAAGGUCACUGUCAACUAUAUGCUAAUGGCCGGAUUACAGUCAACGGCGGCACAUCUAGACGGGAGUCCUGCGCUCUCUUGCAUUAUUUUACUAGUGUAUUACGUCAGUAUGGUUAUCGCUGUAUGGUUACAAAUUAUCGUAUUGUUAAUGUAAUUGGUUCCUUUAACUUUGGUCAGAAGUUAAAUCUGGAAAGUAUUAGUAAUCGCCUGCAGUUAUCCUAUACUCCUGAAUUAUUUACUGGUUUGCCUAUUCGCUUAUCCGCAUG